UUUUAAGAUUGCCAACUUUUUUGGUUUAUCUGCCGAUCUCAAGACACCUACUUUGAGAAUUUAUCUCAUUCUUUCUCUUCUCUUCUCUUCUUCUGUGUUUGAACCUGUCAGAUGGGCAAAUUUUGCUCCUUUCCAGUCUUCAGCAAUUAGAUAUAUACAAGUCGCUUCGAUUUGUUGACUUGGUGAAGAACGGGAUUUUGGCGGGACUGUGUAUUGAUAUUUAAGGAUGUUGGGAGAUUUCAUCACCAGAGUUCUUGUAAUGGUUUUCGGGUAUGCAUACCCUGCAUUUGAGUGUUACAAAGUCGUGGAAAAGAACAGAGCUGAAAAUCAAGAACUUCGGUUUUGGUGCCAAUACUGGAUUCUUGUAGCUAUCCUGUCAGUGCUCGAGAGAAUUGGCGAUGCAUUCAUUUCAUGGAUGCCCAUGUAUGGAGAGCUGAAGCUGGCCCUUUUCAUCUAUCUUUGGUAUCCAAACACCAAGGGUUCUGAAUAUGUGUAUGACGCCAUAUUAAGGCCUUAUGUAAUAAAGCAUGAAAUAGACAUUGAUCAGAAAUUGCUAGCAUGGAGAGAAAGGGCCUGGGAUUUGGCUCUUUUCUACUGGAAAAACUGCACAGAACUUGGGCAAUCUGCAUUCUUCCAAGUUGUUCACUACUUGGCUUCUCAGUCCUCAAGGUUUGGUCACCAUAACGGCACUGAGAGAGAAUAUGAACAUCAACAACAGAAAACAUCCAAGAAACAAGGAAGUAGUAGUACUGGUAGUGGCUCAGCCAACCGUGCCAUUUCCGAGACAACCAAAUCUAAGGUUGUGCAAGUAAAGCUUCAAGGACAUAGUGAGACAGAAUAUGUACACAUUGAAGAUGCAUCAAUUAUGCCAGAUAAUAAUAAUAAUAGCAUCACCCAAAAGCUCAGCCAACGCCUCAGGCGCUUUAAGAAUUAGGAAAAAAAAAAA